AUGGAGCAUUCUUACGACGAAUGGGUUUCCAACGCCACCGAGGCGCUUGAGAUCAGCCUCGUCCAGCCUGCCCCGACCGGCCUGCGCUCGAUUGCAUCCUUCAACCCCAAGUUCACAUACUCCAUCUUUGGCGACGAGGAGACCGUCGUCGGAUACCAGGGCCUCAAGAUCAGCCUGCGCUUCAAUGCGUCCGACAUGCGGCCGAACCUUCAGGUGACGUCGACGAAGAAACUCAAGACGGGCGAGAUCGAGCCGACCGAUAUCCGGACCGUUCUGAAGGGAUACCUCGUCGACGUUGCCUUCCAGAAGCUUUCCGAGUUCGAGCAGGCUAUCAAGCAGACACCGGGUGCCAACUACACCCCCCCCGGCGAGCGCAUCCGCACAUUUGUCGGCAACGACGGCCGGUACGAAAUCUGGAAGGGCACGCUGUCAGACCCCGCUGUACUGCAGCUUGUCAAGCGCGUCGAGAUCUUUGUGCCAUUUUUCAUCGAGGGCGGCACUUUUAUUGCCAAGGAAGACGCCACGUCCCACACGGUCGACUCGGCUGACCGCUGGUCCAUUUUCUUCCUGUAUCGCACACGCCAGCUGCCCGGCUCAGCUGACUUGUAUGAGCACGAGUUUGCCGGCUACUCGACUGUGUACCGCUUCCUGCUGCCCGUUGGGCCGGCCACGCCACCACGGCAAAAAGCAGCGACCACCACAGGCGACGCAGAUGCGUUUGCUCUGCCCCCCAGCGACGACGAGGGCCACCAGACGACUUCGUUUGCCCUCGCCAAGCUGCCGUGCCGGUCGCGCAUCUCGCAGUUUAUUAUUUUGCCGCCCUUCCAGGGCAAGGGCAACGCCGGCCGGCUGUACAGCGCCAUCUUUGACGAGUACCUCAACGAGCCACAGACGACCGAGAUCACAGUCGAGGACCCCAACGAGGCGUUUGACGAUCUGCGCGACAUUGCCGACCUGGCGUACGUGUCCAAGCUGCCGGCUUUUACCGACGCUGUACAUGUCAACAAGGCAGUCAAGAUCCCGCGGACAGGGCCCUCGCCACGCAACAUCGUCGACACGGCAGCGCUCGAGACGCUGCGGCACACGACAAAGAUUGCACCACGGCAGUUCAACCGCGUGGUGGAGAUGUACUUGAUGCAGAAGCUGGCGCCGGCAGUGCGGCCGACCCUGGAAGAAGAAGAGGAAGAGAACGGGGAAGACGACGGCGGCGACGAGGACGCUGGUGGCAAGGGCAAGUCGGUCGCGGCGGCUGUGGCUGUGGCCAACAGCAAGGGCAAGAGUGCCGCGGCCGCUCUGCCGCCCGCCACCGCAGAGCAGGAGCACGAGUACAAGCUGUGGCGCCUGUUUGUGAAGCAGCGGCUGUACCGGCACAACAAGGAGAUCCUGGGCCAGCUGGAGCGGUCGCAGCGCAUCGACAAGCUGGAGGAGACGCUGGUCAGCGUCGAGCUGGAGUACGCGCGCAUUCUCAGCAUGUUUGAGAGCCGGUCCAAGUUGGCAGCCGAUCAGCAGGUGUCCGUCAAGCGGAAGCUGUCGGCAGAGGACGAGAAGGAGGUGGCUGCGGUGCAAAACAGCAGCAAGCGGGCGCGCGUGGAAGAUGCAUGA